AUGGAGCUAGAAGAUCUGCCUGAUCAUGUCAUCCACCAAAUCAUGCAUUUCCUUCCUUAUGAGGAAGCAACCAAGUUUAGUGUCUUAUCCAGAUCCUUCAAUUCUUAUUGGCUUUCAUUCCCAACUCUAAACUUCAGUUACAAAUCCACUUUAUCGGAGGAUGUUUCAUAUCAGACCUUCUUCAACAUUGUUCAGAAAACCCUCCAAAGUCGUGGCCCUUAUAUAAAAGGUUCUUUGCACAACCUAAGCUUAUCUUACAAUGACAAAUCCAGUAUUUUUCCCUCUUCUUUGAGAAAAAGGGGAAGAUCCGAUUCCAAUUCUUAUCGGCAAGUGUUCGAUGUGUUACUAAAUUUUGCAGUGGAAAACAAUGUAAAAGAGAUAAACUUUGACAUCAUAUUCCAUGGUUUUUCUCAACUAGGAGACAUUAUGAAUAACAUCAAUGUGACUCAUGACUCACUUCUUCCACUAUUUUCCUCACAAUUCUUGACUGUACUCAAGCUCACUGGUAUAAAGAUUCUACCUUUUGAUGCUUUUAUGAAGUGCCCAAAAUUAACAGAACUACUAUUCAAGUCCUGUGAUGGUUUUCAAACUAUAAACGUUUCAUCCUCAUCAUCACUGAAGCAAUUUGAAGUAAAAUGGUGCAAAGGGUUGCAAGCAAUUCAGAUAUUAGACGGAAAAAGUUUGCAAAGUUUCAAGUUUGAGGGUUAUGAUGAUCAAGACCAACAAUGUACAUUGGAUAUCUCAGAUUGUCUUGCUGUUAGGGUUUUGAAACUGACCACAGCAACGACCAUAACAGACGAGUGGUUAAAGAAGACGAUCCAGGGCUUAUCUUAUUUGGAAGAGCUGGAAAUAUGCAAUUGCAAUCUGUUGGAAAAGAUUGAAUUUGAAAAGUACAGCCUUAAAAGGUUUUCAUUGUUUGACUGUUUGGAAUUGAAGGAGGUGGUUGUUGAUGUUCCCAACUUGCUUGAAUUCGACUUCAAUGGAAGUAUAGAGUACCCAAUAUGCAUUUUGUCAGCCAAAUGCAAUGGCAACAUCUUAUUGCCAUAUGGAAUAUCAAAUCUUGUCUUAGUGAAGGAAUUCCUUAGUUGCUUUGAUCAUUUCAAAGACCUCUCUCUAUCUUGCUUCAGAUUUGAGUAUAUGAUCGUUCCAAGACACGAUAUGCAGCUAGAUACUUUAUCUGCAUUGUAUGAUUUGAGGCAUAUAAAACUAGAAGCAAUAGAAGAGUCAUUACCAAGUGGUCGAACUUUGACCAAAUUGUUGGAAGGUUUGCUUUGGUUGAUGCCGAGACUCCAGACUAUAACAUUAUACUCCCAUGUCACAAAAACAACGAGCACCUUGAAGUUUAAAUAUGGCAAGAAAGUGGAAUCGAAGAAUUUGAAGGUUGGAGAUUGCUGCUAUGAUGUUCUUAUAAAAUGCUGGAGACAUUACGAACUGAAGAUUGAAUUUGAAGGCUUCGAUGAAUACGUGAGAAAGUAUUUGGAGAACUUCUUCGCUAGCUCUUUGCGUAAUUAUGGGAUAUACAGAGACAGCUAG